CAAGACUUAAAAGGGAGAUGACCCUGGCUAGCUGGUGCCGCCUUUGACCUCCGAUGCCCGGGGCAAGGGGGUCCAACGGGGGAAAACGGGAGAAAAAGGCCACCCCUGAGACAGUCCCGCGGGCUCGCGAGGGAGGCGAACGGACCGGAAAGGGGAGACCCCUGGGCGCGCCCGGCACCCCGCCACCAUGUGCGAGCUAUACAGCAAGCAAGAAACCCUGGCGCUGAGGAGGAAGCACAUCGCUUUUCAAUCCUAUAUAGUUAGAUUCCAAUGAAAACCUAAUGAUUUCUGACGUGAGCAGAACAAAUUCUGUGAAAGGAGGAAUGGUAGCCAUGGAAUGACCGAGAAAGAAUUUCACCUGAAGUUUGAGUGAGAAGGUGGGAAGUACAUUAACAAGGAGGCAAGGUGAAGUCCGAAGUUUUAAGCCCACAUUCGUAACGAAGGGUUUUUCUGGAUUUUAACUUGUAGGCCCUCCUGCAAAGUUUUCUUUGCUGCGGAUCCCAUCAAAAUAGUGCGAGCCCAGGGGCAGUACAUGUUUGACGAGAAAGGCGAAGAGUACUUGGACUGCAUCAACAACGUUGCCCAUGUGGGACACUGCCACCCAGAAGUGGUCAAAGCUGCCCAGAAACAGAUGGAACUACUAAAUACAAAUUCUCGAUUCCUCCACGACAACAUUGUUGAGUAUGCCAAGCGCCUGUCAGCAACCCUGCCGGACAGACUCUCUGUUUGCUAUUUUACAAAUUCAGGAUCUGAAGCCAAUGACUUAGCCUUACGCCUGGCUCGGCAGUUCAGAGGCCACCAAGAUGUGAUCACUCUUGACCAUGCUUACCAUGGUCACCUAUCAUCUUUAAUUGAGAUCAGUCCAUAUAAAUUUCAAAAGGGCAAAGAUGUCAAGAAAGAAUUUGUGCAUGUGGCACCAGCUCCAGAUAUUUACAGAGGAAAAUACAGAGAAGACCAUACAGACCCGGCCAGUGCUUAUGCCGAUGAAGUGAAGAAAAUUAUUGACGAAGCUCAUAACAGUGGAAGGAAGAUUGCUGCCUUUAUUGCUGAAUCCAUGCAGAGUUGUGGCGGACAAAUAAUUCCUCCAGCAGGCUACUUCCAGAAAGUGGCAGAAUAUGUACACGGAGCAGGAGGUGUGUUUAUAGCUGAUGAAGUUCAAGUAGGCUUUGGCCGAGUUGGGACUCAUUUCUGGAGCUUCCAAAUGUUUGGUGAAGAUUUCAUUCCAGACAUCGUCACAAUGGGAAAACCAAUGGGCAAUGGCCACCCAGUGGCAUGCGUGGUAACAACCAAAGAAAUUGCAGAAGCCUUCAGCAGCUCUGGGAUGGAAUAUUUCAAUACGUAUGGAGGAAAUCCAGUAUCUUCUGCUGUUGGUUUGGCCAUCCUGGACGUAAUUGAAAAUGAAGACCUUCAAGGAAAUGCCACAAGAGUAGGGAAUUAUCUUACCAAGUUACUGAAUAAGCAGAAGGCUAAACAUACCUUGAUAGGAGAUAUCAGGGGCGUUGGCCUUUUUAUUGGAAUUGACUUAGUGAAGGACCAUCAGGAAAGGACCCCCGCCACAGCCGAAGCUCAGCACAUCAUCUACAAGAUGAAAGAAAAGCGAGUGCUUCUCAGUGCCGACGGACCUCAUAGAAAUGUGCUUAAAAUAAAACCACCUAUGUGCUUCACUGAAGAAAAUGCCAAGUUUAUGGUGGACCGGCUGGAUGAGAUUCUAACAGGUUUAGAAGAAGCCGUCGGAGCCCAAACUGAGAGUGUGAUCUCUGAGGAUACUCCGUGUAGAACCAAGAUGCCUGAGGAAGCCCACUCAGAAUUGCUCAGUGAAAGCAGCCCGGACCCCAAAGAAAAUCCCAGCCGAAAAAGAAACGGAUUGUGCACAGAUAAACAUUCACUGCUCAGUAAGAGGCUCAAGACAUGAGAGGCGAGCAUUUUACAGCAAGAUAAAUGUCCAGAGUUACACAGAAUGAAUGGAAGUGUCCCUUCUGUUAAAGCUCUAUUAUAUCCACCAAAGGAAGAAUCUGCAUUCCAUUCAGAGGUAUAAAUAAAGUAAAUGAGUAAUAAGAACAAUCCAAGUGAUAAUCAAACCCUGUCAAGAUUUAGCGUCUAGCCUGUUAAUUCCUUACUUGAGAUUUCUGAAAGUACUUCAUUUAUUCGACUCAAUUUCAGCUUCAAAUGGAAUAUUUAUUAAGUUGGCAGUUUUACUUCUCAUGUUUUAAUAUUUGACAUGACAGAGCAAAGUACAGUAGUAGGUUCCUGAACUUUGGAGACUAUGAAUUCUUUAAUGAUUUAAUUUGUAUAUAUUUAUGGACUAUAAUAAAAUAAAAGAUGAUGUAAACCAAAAAAAA